CUGAAAUCUCUUAAUUGACGGCAAAAAAGGUAAAAAUCAUCAAAAAGGUAAAUCAAAUGCCCAUUAUUGGAGUCAAGGUAUAUCUACAUAUACCGGAUUCGAAACUCGUAUGUGACGAGAUAUCAAAUUUAUCCUAAGUCACCAUGGUCCCUUAUCAAGUAAUUAUGUCAAUUGUAAUCGUGAUUGCAACGUAUUUGAUACCGUUUGAAUUACGAAUUUUCGCUCAAACCAAGCAACUAGCGCGUAUUCCCAUUUUGCCUUUCGCUACAACGUUUGCAAGGUCAUCCGUUGAAGCUAAACAAAUAUCUCAUAAAGCUUUGAAAAGAAACCUAAGCACAAUCAACAAAGCUCACAAAACCUGUGGAACGUGUAUGGGCGCAAAUAAUCAACAUCUGAAAAAGCCAACGCUGUCAUGGAGGAGGUUUGAACGAUUGCCGGAACAUCAGGGAAGAGUCAAAGAUCGCUGCUGUCAUCAACGCAAGCUUCGAAGUGUUUAUCAUGUUCGUUGGAAUCCCAAUGAAAAGUUUAUCGUGGAAAGUCGGGAGAAACCAGCAGUAAACUCAUCAAAGCUUUCCCCACAUCCCCGGUUGAAGCUAUCGAAGAAUACAAAACUCACCUUUAACCCAAAACUAUUCAUGUGCCAUGAUAAGCAUUUAGAGAAUUGCCAGAAUAAAACUGCGAAUUUUCGGCAACACAUUAUUCACAUCUUUGAAAAAUCAUUAACUGACUCAGCAAAUGAAACCAACUUCUACAACGUUAACUUCAAACCAAUGUUUGCCAAUAGCUUCGAAGAGCAGUACUACCCAUCGUCAUGUUUAGUUGUGGAUGCUGGUGUGCGGAUAAUUCGUCGCAAGGAUCCCCCAUUUAACAAAAUAGAAAUUGGGAAACUUUUUCCCAAACAGAAGUUACUGCGUAAAGAUAAGGAUGUCAAGACCUGCGUGAUUGUAUCAAGUGCAGGUUCACUCUACGGUUCGAAAUUGGGAAGAUUCAUAGACACCCACGACGUUGUUAUGCGAUUUAAUCAUGCGCCUACAUCAGGAUAUGAGGUGGACGUUGGAAGUAAAACCACAAUACGGGUCUUAAACUCCCAAAUAGUUUUUCAGGUCGUUACCAAGCCGCACUUUAAUUUUACUCGUGCAGCAAUAUUUCAAAACGUUACGAUUGCGGCCUGGGAUCCAGGAAAGUAUAACUCUUCCCUUAGCGAAUGGACUACGACGGCGGACUACGAUUUAUUUACAAACUACAAGAUAUACCGUCGCAAAUACCCGAAAUCACGAGCAUUCCUCAUUGAUCCACAAUCAGUGUGGCGACUUUGGCAAAGCUUGCAAAUAUUUGUCGGAAGCCGCCCUAUCCGCAAAAAUCCACCAAGUUCUGGCUUCAUUGGUCUCGCCUUGCUGAUGCCAUAUUGUCCUUACAUAGACUUUAUUGAAUACAUUCCCUCAACACGACUAAACGGUCGAUGUCAUUACUAUAGCAAGGAGAUGAACUCGGCUUGCACUUUCGGCGCUUGGCAUCCCUUAGCUGCUGAAAAGCUAAUGGCACUCGAUAUGAACUUAGCAGAUGACAUGUCCGUUUUUCAACAUGGAGUUCUGCGCAUACGUCGCCCAGACAAGCUACUAUGUGGAUUCAAUUUUCUUGGAUAUUGAUCGUGCAAUAAUGUCAACAUCGUAAUGAGGAAAUAUUUCUGAGCAAUAAACUUCUGAAUUACGGGCUUAAUAAAUAUUUACAUAUAAAAAGCGUAAUAUACCAACUAAACCAGCGCGCUUCGCUACACCCUACAAAUUUUAUACUUAUCACAAAUCUAUUAAAAUGUUUGAAAUAAACAUCUGAAUUUAUGUAAUGAGGAACGAAAGCUUAUUGUAAUGCUCGUAAGUAAACGACAUCCUUGAUUUGCCUAUAAAAACUAGAA